CGUUAGUUCAUUUCAAGUAUUGUAUGUUUGUAUACUUCUAAUGUAUGCUGUGGUGUGAGCUGUUUUUUGGCCCUCAAUUAAGACAUUUAAGGUCCACACCCAUUUACACGCCUGGCGUUCUCGGAGUCCGAUCGAGGCGGCAUAAGGCUUAUCGAUGGCCAUGGGCUGCCUACUCGCAACGAGACCGUCCUCUCCCGGUCUGACUUCGCAACAGUCGCAAUGACAGUCGAGUCCUCCUUAUCGGCCUUCCUAUCGUGCAACGCCGUAGUGGUUGGGUAACAACCAGGGUCGUAUCAGGUGUUCGACGUCGUAUGAACGCGGGCUUCUAUUGAAGUUUCUCCGUCGAAAUUAUUCAACACGAGCAUUUCGCCGGCAACGACAAGCAACUCAUAAGCGUCCUGAAAUUCAAGUUGCUUUCAAUUGCGACUGGUUCAAAGGCGCCUAUUCGAACUUAGUAGACCACAAAAGGAAUAACACCAAGCCUCGGCUGAAGCCGGAUGCGGAAAGUCUGCCUCAACAUCGUCAACGACAACGCACACUGUCGAACACUGUACUCUCCUUGUCAGUCGCAUAAUUACUGUUUAAUCAAGCGAUUGAGUCGCUAACGCGCUUUUAUAGACACUAAUGGCCUCAAAAGCAGCAGUUGCGGCGGUUGAUUUCGCUCGGGUGUACUCAUCCCUUGGUCUCGGCAAAGAGACCGUGGCUUCCCUCCAGGCUUUCCGCAAGCGGUACAUGGAUGCCCAGCGUAUCCAUGGCCAAUCCUCUGCUCAACCCACAACUGUGGACCUCGAACACUACCGUUCAGUGUUGAAGAACAAGGCCGUGGUUGAUGAGGCUGAGAAGCUUCUCAAGGAGUUCAAGCCCGUGACAUAUGAUGUCAGCUCGCACAUUAAGGCCAUUGAGACUUUCGAGGCCAAGGCUGUUGCCAAGGCUCAGGAGACCUCGCAGAAGAUCGACGUUGAGUUGAAGGACCUCCAAGCUACCCUGGCCAACAUUGAGGAGGCUCGGCCCUUCGACGACUUGACUGCGGAGGAGGUUGGCCAAGCCCACCCACGCAUCACUGAGGCUGUGGAGAACAUGCUGAAGAAGGGCAAAUGGACUGUACCUGGCUACAAGGAGAAGUUCGGCGACCUUUCACUCAUGUAGUUGUCUAUAUAUCAUCAAUUCAAUAGACUGGUGCUGUGAUUGCUUGACAAUUCACAAUGAAUAUGUGCCUGUACGACGUGAAGUUUGAUUUGUGAAGGUAUUGAGCCGCCGGGAAUGCAUUGAUACAGAUGCGAGGUAUAAUGACUAGUACGAGAACGUAUACAACGGAAUUACAGACAACGAUAUAAG